AUGGUUCCUGUGACGUACUUUGAGGUCGUCUCGCGUCAGGAGAGUAUUCAUACGAUCCCUAUUGGCGGUGAUAUGAGCGGUGCCAGUGGUGCCGCUAGUACUUUGACCGCUACUACUAAUACUAGCGCCACUCAGGUCUCGUCUCCAGAAUCGGCUGCUUCAAAACAGCGCAUUUCUCGUCAGAGUAAUAACUCGUCGUCGGUUUCGUCUAAUCGAUCUCCUUUGUAUGGCAUUGUUUUGUACGAUUUCAAGGCUGAACGACCCGACGAGUUACAGGCCAAUAGUGGAGAAUCUAUUAUCGUCAUUGCUCAGUCGAAUCAAGAAUGGUUUGUAGCUAAGCCCAUUGGUCGACUGGGUGGACCGGGCCUUAUUCCUAUUUCUUAUGUCCAGAUUCGUGAAGUGGGUUCUGAUAAACCGGUUGAAGAUGUCCAAGCAGCCAUUCGUGCUGCUGGAGUACCUAAAGUCGAGGAAUGGAAGAGAAUGGCGGCUGAAUAUAAAGCCAGUAGUAUUCCACUAGGAAAAUUCGACGAUGAUAAUGCUGCCAGUGCAGCAGUUUCUCGUCAAUUGAAAGCAAUGAGUUUACAACGAGAACGUCAUAGAUCUACUAAUACUACUGGCUCAUCCACUGAUGAGUACGGUGGAAAUGCCAUGGUUGCUAGUAAUAAUAACGGCAAUGGCGGUGUUUCUGGUACUGGACCAGGCAGUAUUAGUGGAUUAUCUGGAUCGGGUGCUAAUGGUAUUAAUAGCGGAGUAUCAACUCCUAUUAAUGGAGUACCAGCAAGAAAUAGCUCGACUCCUUAUCAUGUUGUAAACGCAUCGGUCGAUAGAUAUGCGUUUGACGGAGGCAGGUACUGGUACCUUGUAGUUGCCGAAUUGAGCAAUGGUAAGUUUCGCAAUCUAUGCAGAUACUACCAGGAUUUCUACGAUUUCCAGAUCAAACUGCUUGAUGAGUUUCCUGACGAGGCUGGUCGAACUGGUAAGCAACGAACUCUGCCGUUUAUGCCUGGUCCUUUGACCUAUGUCAAUGACUCGAUUUCCAGUCAACGACGGGCAAAUCUCGACGACUAUGUUCGCAAUCUCGUCAUGAUGCCGGGUUAUGUCUCGCGAAGUCCAAUAGUUCAACAACUAUUUGCUCUUCGUACUGGCGAUGUCGAGACUCCUUAUAAAACCAAUAUCAUGCCUCAACCUCCUUCGAGAGAAUCAGGUCAUGAUACUGUCUAUGACUCUAGUCAGUACGAUGCAAACGGUGUCAAUGGCGGUUCAUCAGCAGGACCUGCUUCUGCUGCUGCUGGAGCUGGCGCUGGUAGUGCUGGUCUGAGAAACUCGAGUCUGCGAAAUUCAGAGCUGUCGAACUCGACUCACGGCCAUGAACGAUCCAUUGUCAACUCAUAUGCCGGCUCUGUCUCGUCACAAGACCAGUAUUCACAAGACACUGAUUCACAACUUCCACAUCUACAAUCUCAACACUCUCAACAACACCUACAACACCAACAACAAUACUCACAAUCCUCACAACAACAACCACAGCUCCAGCAUCAAGACCAUUCUCAGCUGCAACAACAGUACCAACAAAGCUCCAUGUCCCAUAACCCAUCACAAUCUCAGUCCUCGCAGUCGUCUAUGUCGGCGCCAUUAUCUCCUCUUGAACCUGUAGGACCUCGAUCACACUCACGAAUGGCUUCCGAAUCAACUGUAACUGGUACUCACAGAUCCCACCAACGUCAGCAAUCAUCUGCUGCUGGAGCUGGGUUUAUCAAUAGCAAUUCAGCUGGAGGUGACGAUACAAUUGUGCUUGAACGAGACGAGCAUCCCGAUGAAAACGAUUCAUCUUUCGGACCCUCGUCAUCGUCUGUAGUGACCGAAACACCUGCCGAGGUCACAUCCAUCAAAGUCAAGGUGUUCUACCAGGACGACCUUAUCGCCAUUAAACUGCCAUCGAACAUCACCUUCGCAUCCCUCCACGAGCGCAUCAGCCAGCGUCUCGGACUCGACAACCCCACCCUCAUGUACAAAGACGCCGAUGACGAGCUCAACGAAAUCGCCGACGACGACGAGUUCCACACUGCCUUAGGAAACAAAACCAAACUCGUCCUCUACGCGCGAUAA